CCCAGACAAGGGAAGUGAAAGUAUAGCUGUCACUUCUAUUUAUAUGGUUCCCGUGAUUUGCUAUUAGCAGAAGUGCCUGUGAGUCCUGUGCGUCUGGAAAGAUGGAUAAGUUCAAAACUGUUCUUAAAAUUGUUCAGAAUCAGCAGACUAGUCUCGGGUUUGGUUUAGUUGCGUUGUUAACUGCAUGCGGGGAACAUAUAUUUUCGUCGGUGGUGUUCAAAUGUCCUUGCAGCGGCUGGAACUUUUCAUAUGGCAUGGUGUUUCUCUUAGUGCCUGCUCUGGCACUGUUGGUGUUAGGUUACAUCAUGAGCAAUAAAACAUGGAAAUUGUUUACAGGUUUGUGUUUACGCAAAUCCAAAUUUUGUCGUUUUAAGUAUUUUUGCGCCUGUGGGGUGGUCUUCUUUCAGAUCACCACGACAGCAGUAGUUGCACCUGUAAGUUGGAUUGCAGUCGCUUUGCUCAAUGGCAAUUACUUUGAAUGCGCCAUCACUGGAGUCAAUGUAACGGUUUUCACAAACCACCUUUGCGAUGGAAAGAGUCCGCAGUGCCAGGAUGAACUUUAUAAAUUCCCCUGCGGGAGAGCCACCAAUGUGCCACAAUCUGACAGGGAUGAUGUGCUGGCAACCAUCCGCGCUGAGUCGCAGGUCCUGGGUUGGCUACUGAUCGCCUCCAUCAUGGUCUUCAACCUCCUGUUGAUCUGCGUUGCCCGGUGUAACUCCCCAGUCAGCUACCUGCAGCUGAAGUUCUGGAGGGCCUAUGCCCAGCGGGAGAGCGACCUGCUGGAAAGCUACACGGCAGAUCACGCCGAAAAGCUUGCAGAGAGGAACCUAAAGAGCUUCUUCCAGCAGAUGCCUCCAGACCCUGUCACCACCCCACCUAACCAGGCUUGGGAGAAGAUCUCGUCCCUCUACAGGUUCAGCACCAGAGACCACUACUAUAGCAUCCUGCACAAGUACGUGGAGACGUUUCAUGAUCCUGCAGAGGCCAGGGACCACAGGAUGUCGUCUGUCAGGUCAGACACUGCUAAUCCAGCCGCGCUCGCCUUUGUGGAUGAGGGCAAGAUGAUGCUGUGAAUGGGCAUGCAUAUGAUCAUAGGAACAGCAGUGACGGCAUCACUAUCAUGAACCUAUCUGUAAUCAUCAUUCUUUUAUCAUCAUAGUCAUGACUCAUUAUAGAGAAUUGUUGUCAGCAUUAUAAUCUUCGUGAUCAUCAUCAUCAUCAUCAUCAUUAUUGCUGCGCAUCAGGGGAUUUUUCGGUAGAAAGACCAAUCACAUUAUCUGAUCAACCACUCUCAGGCCUUCACUUGAAUAACAAUUCUUCCCAAUUUUAUAUUGUUACUUGAAAGUUCACUCACUGUAUCACCAGCGCUGCUUGCAGCUUUUUAUUUGAAAUUCUAUGCUCAGAAGGGAAAUAAUCAUUUUUAAAAUAGUUGACCAUACUUUCUUUCUCUUUUACUUUUCUGUUCUCUUCAGUAUUUUAAUGCUCCUUAGACUUGGCCUACAUACAGGUGGUCUGUGGCAUUAAACAGGAAACGCAUGAUCUGGUUCUAUGAAAUAAGGUGCAUAUUUACUUCCUGUAAGCUAGUGCACUGCAAAAUACUUUCAAGGAAAAGCCUGUUACCAGUAGCAUCUUUAUGACGCUAACCCACAAUAAUAUUCAUAUGGACCUUACAAGCUUGGUUUCCAAAGUAUUUCUGCGUUAUUGUUAUUUAUAUUAUUGCACUGUAAACUGACCAUUGCCACAACCAUUGCCACAACCAUUGCCACAAGUGAACUGCGAUGAACAUCAGCUCUGAAUUGAAUGUAAACUUAGUGUAAUUGUUAGAUUCGUAUCUCUCUGUAAAGCUUAAGUAGACUAGUCAGAGAUCGGCAGUAUUUCUGUUACAUGUACAGUAUUUGACAUACAUAUUUCAAUUACUUUUGAGUAUUAUAUACAUUUUUAUUUGUAACAAGAUACUUCAGAGAAUGGUAUUUAGUAUUUUCAAAAUACUAAAAAUACUUUUAAAACAAAAAAUGUAUAGUGGUUCACAAUUUGGUGGCCCAAUAUCACCCCACAUUUGCUGCAUUGGUAUCAGAAAUCUUAUGGUACUAUCGUGUGAGGCCAUGGGAGUUGUUGUUGGAUGAGUAGAGGAGCUUGAAAGAAAGUUAAAGCACAAGUAUGAGUUAUGAGGAUAAUGCAGUGAAUUUUGUCUAAAAGGGGAAAGUAAACUUGACUUUGAAAGGGAACACACUAUGUUAUUGCCACACUGUCACUGUACUCGCACUCAUUCGGGAAGUGAGUCCUGUGCCUCGACUUUCUUUCAAACACCUUUUCACCUUCACCUGCACCUCUGAUUACUUCACACCCACAGUAUCUCAUUUCUGACACCAAUGCAAUGAAUUUGAGGUGAUAGGAGGCCACAAAGCUCUGAAGAAUAAGAGAUACAUUGAUACAUUGGUCAUUAUGGUAUUUUUCUAAUUUGUAACAAGAUACAUUUUGAUGUAUCUUUGCCCAUCUCUGGUAGUAGUAGAUUAAGUACCUGAUGUGCCUAAUGUGGCAAGUACAGCCCUGUUAAAAGCUUCUCUGUGGGAGAAAUCAAUGCACUCACAGGCCUUUUAGGGUGAGGAGACUAUAGCUCCAUCCUGUGGGAAUUGUAGAGCAUAGAAACUCAUCACAGGCUUCUACAGGAAGUGGGAGAGGACAUGAUAUGCAUCUGCAUGAGUUUGCAUAGCUCAGUAUUAACAUUAUUGUUGAUUUCCAUUACAUUUUUUAAAACUGCUAAUGAAUGCAUUGUAGCCUUAGUGCUGAAAUAACACAUUGCUUCCUGUGUGUGUGUUUUGUGCCUGUAAAAGAAAGGGAAAGAAAAAGAGAGGGCGAGAGAGAGAGAGCAAAGGUUGGUUGCAUAUACUGUAUAAUGUUGUAUCUGGGUCAAGCUGUAUGUAACGAUUCCGGCAGUCUGAGUCGGUUCCUGUCUGUGUAUUAGUUUUUCUGCUCGGGAUCUCCAGUUUCC